UAUCUAUUUAAAUUUGUGUAUCAUUAUAGUUUUAUAAAUUUAUACAUAUCAAUAAAUCAAUAAUACCACAGAUACUAAAGAAAACACUUGUUAUAUGGAUAGUUUAACUAAGUUUCUAAGAAUUAUGUUAUUUACAUUAUAAAUUACUUAUUUAUUAUGGAACCCGUUUCCCUUGAACUCUUAGAUGUUCUACCAACCAGUGUGUUACUAAACGCUUUCCAUGUUAAAAUAUUAGAUCAAUGUGUAAUAUGCAUGGAAAAGUAUUGUAUUGGAGAUGAAGUGAUACGACUUCCAUGUUUUCAUGCAUUUCAUGAUCAUUGUUUUGUAGAUUGGAUUUUAGAGGUAACUUUUAAUACAUUAGAUAUAAUUAUCAUUAUUAAUAUUUUUAAGUGUAGGGUUGUGGAGUCUGUUGUGUUUUAUUGAAAUUACGAACACAUCAAUGUUAGACAAUCAUUGAAAAACUGGAAGCACUGAACGAUUGUUUCCAUCGAGUAUGGGACUAAUCAGUAUUGCACAUUCACAAACUCGAAGUAGGCAAUCGCACCUAGAACUUGUAGUCUUGUGUGCAAACGCUUAAUCUUUAGACCACUAAACUGGCAUUUAGAGGUGUUUAUGUUUAACUUCUAUCAAUCCACGGUAUUGACCAACCGUUUUGCAUUGUGUUCGGUGAGUAACCGUUUUAAGUGGUGUUGUGGAGAUUGCUAAGCAUGCAUUUUCAUGUCAAUAUCAGUUUUUGGUUUGACAAACAAUAAAAACAAGGAAGCAUUGAACAAGUGUUCCCACCUAACAUAAGACUCCUCAACAAUACGGAUUCACGAUCUCACCACAGACCGAGUUCAGGAGCUUAGGGCCUCAUAGCGAAUGUCCUCGAUCAGGGUCAUUAGUGGGCACUACUGAGAACUCACACUUGAAUGGAACAACUGUUAUGUACUGCCAGGUUUUUAGUGGUUGUCUAGUCAAAGUUAGUCAGUAAUGUGAAAUAUAAAAUAACUAUUAUUGUUUUCAAAUGUAAGAUAAGAAAAAUUUCAUUAAUUCGUGGAGCUUUCAUCGUUCUUCUGAACGACAUCAUCAGUAAGAAUUUGAGGUAGAAGGUAGAACAAAAGUCCAUCAAAGAUUGGAUAGUUUGUUUUAACUGAAUAGAAAAACUCACUUCAUUUGGCCAUAUAAUCUGACUUAUAGAUAUACGGAGUAAGAGUGUUACAGAUUUUAGCGAAAAAAUGACUUUCAGGUAAGUUUAUGAAAUGUCAGGGGUUUCUAGAAUAAUGGAUAGUGUCUAGCAGUGGACGCGCGUUUCGUCCUAUUUGGUACUCGUCAGCUGGAAGGUAAUAUUGAGGUAUACGCACAGUAUGCACAUAUGUCAAUAACAGACUGGUCAAUUGCAGUCUUAAACCUCAAUAGGAAGAUACAAGCCAAAUAAUACCAAGUGAGGUUUCUAGAAUAGUUCUAAUUAUUAAUGAUAUAAUAAUUCAAACUUUUAAAUCCUGAUAAAGAUGAUCAUGUAUACAGUAAGUUUUACUUACAGACAAAUAAAGGACCAAUUAGUCUGAACAAAAACAAUCAUGAGCUCUAAAAGAUCGGACAUCUGAUGUAAAUUGAUAGUUCGACGUUAAUAAUCCACAUGUCAAUAUGUGACAGAGAAGAUGGGACUUUCAAAAUAGGCUUAUAUUCCGAACAGAGAUCAAAAAUUAAACCGGAAUUACCUUGGUUAUGUAGUAACAUGCAGUCAGUCAGUCAGUCAUCAACAACGUAGGACCACGCACAUAUAUGCAUCGGUCCAGGUUGCCAUACCGCAUCAACACAACAAGAUGAACACCGGAUUCAUAGGAGUGGUUAGGUUAAAGAUGGUAAUAUAUAGGAGAAAGAUUGCAUAUAAGGAUACAGUACCGGAAUAUAGAAUUAGUUCGUAGAAAGAAAGAUAUGAAGCGAUUUUAAUCUCUUAGUUUAAGGGAAGACAGGGAGUGUAUACAACUAUGCCGUUGUGAUCGAUUCUGAGCCAUGUCACCAAGAGUCUCUAACCAUUGGUUACGAUAGUCACGCGGACCCCAACCAAGAAGUCUGCAUCUACCAACAUGGCUCAUACUAGAGGUUAGUGUCUUCAAGCACAUGAGCGACCGUCUACCAUUGUCUUCAAUGAGUUAUAAACUCACAGCAGACCUGGAUGAACUCUACUGGUUACUGCUUCUCACUAGAACUCCAGGAAAUACCUCUUGAAGCCAGGCAUUGGCAAGUAUAUGGUGAUUAUUAUCAGAAAGAUGGCGGUGGACAGUGGAUUGAUCGAAGUUACACAUUAACACCAUUGAAUGCUAGCUAAGUGGUCUAGAUGUUAAACAUUCGUGGUUGAGACUGAUAGGUCCUGUGUUCGAAUCCCGCGGGGCGGAAUCAUGAUUGCACACCGCUGAGGAGUCCCAUACUAGGACGAAGUGACCGUUCAGUGCUUCCAGAUUUUCUAUGAUGAUCUAGCUUUAGUUGACGGUGAGACCUAUAAUUUAUGAACAACCUCUGAGUGGCGUUAAGGUGAUCUUGAGAGUAUCCACCUACAAGCUAGAACUACAAACCAAUGUGAGGAAUUAGAAUUAUGAUUUACAGUUGAUGGUUAAGAAUUAGAUUUCAGGUUUUUCAUCACGAAAUGACAUCAGCUAUAAUGCCAAAACUCUAUGGAUGAGUGCAUUUCGCACUAAAACCCAAGACUUUUUAUCUUAUCCUUGAUUAGUUCAUCUAUAAAUGAUAAUUCCACCAAUAGAAUAUUUGAUCUUCUACAUUCAUUCUACAUCAUAAUGAUGAUCCAUAUAUUCAGAAUUAUUGAUUUGUAUUUUAUGUAUUUUCAUAUGUAUUUUCAUAUGUAUUUUCUUCAAGUGUUUAGAUUGUCCAAUAUGUCGAUGGCCAGCAUUUGAAUUUGAAUAAUACGAAAAGAUAAUCAAAUGAAUACAAUGAAUAUAAUUCUUAUUCUAAAUUCCAUUGAACUGUCUUCUUCUUAAAGAUGAAUGUACAUAGUCCUUUCAUUUAUUGAGUAUUAAAAAAGAUAUUGAUUUGUUAGAAGAAAAUAUGUUUGAGUUAUAUGUUUAUGAUGAAGAUGGAUAAUUGCUAAGGGUGCAAUCCAGUUUGAUGUAUGUUUCGUCCUAGUUGGGAUUUGUUGUGACUUUAAGUUGUGGGUUGAUUUAUACCCUGUGCUAAUUGUUAUGUCCUUGACUGAAAAACUAGAGAACAGCGUAUUUAUCGACCGAUUCAAUGACACGUAAACACGUACGAACGUAAUGGACGACCUAGAGUUCCGAUUGGUCCCAAUUCCCUGUCUAUCCCAGCCAGUUGAGUCCAGAACACAAAUCUCAGCCUCUGAGUUAUGAAUCAUUGUAUUUCAGACAUACUGUAUUUAUAUACUAACCAAACAUACCACAUCGUACC